UGUAGGUAAAGUUUACAGGUCUGUGAUUUGGCAUUUGGUAAUGUCAAAGAUUAUUCCUUCUAUGCUCAUAUUAUUCAACGUCGUGCCAUUUUCUGGUUAGUGAUGGAGACGCCACCAACUUGGCUGUAGUGUUAGUGAUCAAUUUCUUUGCUCAUGGAUGGGCGCCUCGUAUGCUAACGUAUGGCUCGGGUUUCAUGCGUCUCUCCUUCGGGCAAAACUAUAAUUUAAUUUGUCUGUGCUUGUCUGCGUGAAUAACCGCCUACUCUCCGGUGAUAAAACGACAAUUAUUGUUCCUAUAUAAGGAUCACUGUGAGCAGUGGACGCUGGUGAAGGUUAUUUUUGAGACAUCCGCGUGCGAAGUCUAAUCCACGGUGGAUGUGCCCACCGCGCGCUAUGUUGUGUUAUAUUUCUUGAUGGCAUUACCCCAGUAUGGCUGUGUAGCAUGGCCGUGGCUCCGGUACCAACGACUCGUGGACCGCGAUGGCGUUUAGUCCCGUCCUUGCGGACCCCUUGUCCAGGAGCAUCUUUAAGAAAUUCGCAGUCAUGCUGUGUUCGCUCCUCACCUCCCUGUACUUUCUGCACAGCCUUACCGACCGCUGCAGCACCAUGCCCUCUCCGGUUCGGUCUUCGGACCAAGUUGCGGGGCUCCUCGCUUCGGAUCUGCACGACAUGCGCGCGAUGAGAAGGAAGCGACUGCUUCAGAAAUGGAUAAGCAAGCCCGGCGCGGUUUACUACGAGGCGGACAGACAAGCCUCAAGGUACGAAGGCGCCGUGUUUGCUGGCAGCGAGAGUGGCCGCGAGGAUCACGAAGGAGACGGCGCGCUGCGGGUCGAGCUGUCCCUGCCCGGGUCCGUGUCGAACUUGGAUAUAUUGGCACGGGAGUCACGUGUGGACACGCGGACGGGCAGCCCAGGUAAGCUCAGCCCGCUGGGCGAGGGUACGAAGAAGCUGCCUCAAGCCAUUAUCAUCGGAGUGAAGAAAGGAGGCACGCGCGCAUUGCUCGAGUUCCUCCGCGUGCAUCCCGACAUCAGGGCCGUGGGAGCUGAGCCACACUUCUUCGACCGAAAUUAUGACAACGGGCUGGAGUGGUACAGGGACCUGAUGCCCAAGACGCUGGAGGGCCAGAUCACCAUGGAGAAAACCCCCAGCUACUUUGUGACGCGCGAGGCUCCGGCUCGGAUCAGCGCCAUGUCCCGCGACACCAAGCUGAUCGUGGUGGUGCGGGACCCCGUGACGCGGGCCAUCUCCGACUACACGCAGACGCUGUCCAAGAAGCCCGACAUUCCCUCCUUCGAGAGCCUCACCUUCAAAAACAGGACUACGGGUCUGAUCGACACUUCCUGGAGCGCCAUCCAGAUCGGCAUCUACGCCAAGCACCUGGACAACUGGCUGCAGUACUUCCCCAUGGGCCAGAUCCUGUUUGUGAGCGGCGAGCGGCUCAUCAGCGACCCGGCCGGAGAGCUGGGCCGCGUGCAGGACUUCCUGGGCCUCAAGCGCAUCAUCACGGACAAACACUUCUACUUCAACCAGACCAAGGGCUUCCCCUGCCUCAAGAAGGCCGAGGGCAGCAGCAAGCCCCACUGCCUGGGCAAAACCAAGGGCCGCACCCACCCCAACAUCGACCCCGAGGUGGUGCAGAGGCUACGGGAAUUCUACCGGCCGUUCAACAUGAAAUUCUACCAGAUGACCGGACGCAUAUUCGGGUGGGACGAUUGAUAUGUGCCUCAUGUUGCGUCUGCGGUAUUGCUUUCGGAAAAAAGGAACUGAAUAGAACAAAAAGAGACUGUUGCACUGUCUUUAUCACAAUCAGAAAAAGCACUAUGCCUACCAAUGAUGGAGAUGCAAGGGGCUUGGGGUCUAUGAACGCAGGGAAGCAUAUGCAAUGCCGAAAUUCCAGUAAUGAUAAGAAAUGAAACACUUCCCACACAACUCCUUUCAAGCAUGGACAGCCUCUUUUUCAAGGAAAUAGACCCCAGGUUGUAAGGUGUGUGAAUUGGUGUGUGUGAAUUGGUGUUUGUGAGUGUGUGUGUGUGUGUUUGUGUGUGUGUUUGUGUGUGUGUGUGUGUGUGUGUGUGUGUGUGUGUGUGUGUGGCGGAGUAUUAAGCACCAUCAGGAUGAAGCGUUUUCCAUUUCCUUGCUCCUAACAAACAAUGCUUGCACAUCAGCGACUGUCAGAGUCCCAUAUUGGGUUCGGAGCGAGGGAACAUCAGAAAUCAGAAGAAAAAAAACGUCUGACAGAAACUGCAGCUCAGAUAACUGGUUCUGGCCACCUCCUCUACGCACUUAGCUGUGUACAAAGCUUUGCAUUGUUCUUUUGUUAAGAAAAAAGGUAUAUAAAAAAUAAUAAAAAGAAACUGUAUUUUUUGAAAGUUAUUUAUUUAAAUAGAAGGCUAUGAUAAUGAUGAAGAUGAUGAUGAUGAUGUAUACAGCAUAGCUAUUUUGAAUAAUCAUCACCUGUUUGUAUAUGCUCCCAGACUCUCACAGACUCCCAGGCUGUUCAUGGUGCCUUUGUUGAAACAUAUCACAUACUGAACCUUCCCUCAUAUUUCUAAAGAUGACUUUAAUUAUUCUCUUUUACUUUGCACGUUUUCCCACACUCAGAGGCUGCUCGGUGCAGCACGAGUCUAGGAGGCUUUGUUAUUGCACUGGCUCGCUUCCCCUUGGCUCCCAAUUAGGCAAGUUAAUUGAAUUAGGGAGGGCAGAUUUGUCUGUUUCGAUAGCAGCCGAGGAGAGGACACGAGCGGAGACACGGACCGCAAGAACUCAAUUACUUCUCUGGCCCUGUUUACAUGGACGCCGAUGAUGUCAUUGUUUUACCUUACCCUCGAGAUUUAUCCCUUCCCAAAAUACACACACACACACACACACACACACACACACACACACACACACACAGAUAAAAUGCAGAUAAACUAACAUACAGAUAUGCCAUCACACGUGAACACACAGCUCUACAAACACACACAAACACAGAGAUAAGAUUCAAAUAAACAGGCAACUUUGCACACACAAACACACACACACACACACACACACACACAAUAACUUGCGGGGGAUGUUUUUGUGUGGAUUGCUUGGUUGAAUUCUCUCUGAUGUCAACUGUGCCUCAAACAGAAAAACACAAUCAGUACUUUACAUUUCUGUCUAUGUUUCUGUUCGUUUGUUUGUUUUGUUCAGUCACUUUGAUUUGGGUGACAAAAGACAACAAACACAUGCAAAUUCUGUUCCUGAAUUGUUUGUUCUGAAUCACAUCAUUCUGUGAGAGGUUUACAUAUUUAAUUUAAAGCCUUGUUGAAUUUUAUA